AUGGCACCAUCACCGAACCAGUCGGAAGAGAUUACAGCUCUUCGAGCUCAGCUUAGUCUUCUACAACGUCAAAUCUCAGAGAUCCAAGAUAUCCAAGCAGUCCAAUGGCUUCUUAACCAUUAUACGGCUCUCCAUGACGAUGCGUGUUUCGACCUAUCCAAGCGACAAGAAUGGGAGAACCUGUUUGCAGAAGACGGCGUCGCAGUGUAUCCUUUCGGUCAGCACAAAGGUCGUGCUGGAAAGGGUAGCUGGGCCUUUUCUUCAGUCCAGUAUUUCGAAAGGUGUCAAUUGCUGAGUAGUAAUUUCGACAUUACUUUCAGCCCCGACAAAAGUAAGGCGUAUGUACGCACCAACUGUAUCGCACAAUGGGUAAAGAAGAAAGAGAUUCAUCAUGAUCAUUUCGACGAAGGUACGUUCUAG